CUCCUCCUGUGUGCGUGUCUCUCUCGGCGAAGUGUGUGACCCUCCCUUGCUCUCACAGCUGCUGGUCCACCCUAGUGAAAAAAAAAGAAUCAUUUACCCCGCGCGCCCAUACACACAUACACACACGUUCACCUAUACGCGCGCGCAUCCACGCAUUCGUCCACUCGCAUUAACACCACCCGAGUUACCUUAAAUAGCCGCCAACAUGUCUGACGACGAGGACCAAUACUCCAGCGAGGAGGAAGUCGAAGAAGUGUAAGCAGCCGGAGAAGAAGACCGAGGGUAGGGCAUCCCAAAAGGAAUCUGGCGAGAAUAUCGAGUUUAUGAAGAGGCAAGAACAAAAAAGAAGUGACCUCGACGAACAGCUCAAAGAAUACAUAGCAGAAUGGCGAAAGCAACGAGCCAAGGAAGAGGACGACUUGAAGAAAUUAAAGGAAAAGCAAGCCAAGCGCAAAGUCACCCGCGCGGACGAGGAGAAGAGAUUGGCUCAGAAGAAGAAGGAGGAAGAGGAACGUCGCCAACGUGAAAUUGAGGAGAAGAAACAACGUGAUAUUGAAGAGAAGAGAAGGCGCUUGGAGGAAUCGGAAAAGAAACGACAGGCUAUGAUGCAAGCGAUGAAAGAUCAGAGCAAAGCAAAGGGUCCAAACUUUACCAUCACCAAGAAGGAUCUUGCGGGUAAUCUUUCAUCGGCGCAACUCGAGCGUAAUAAGACGAAAGAGCAGCUCGAAGAGGAGAAGAAAAUCUCUCUUAGCAUUCGCAUCAAGCCCUUGGAAAUUGAGGGUCUAUCUAUUGACAAGCUUCGUACUAAGGCUACCGAGUUGUGGGAGUCCAUUGUCAAACUUGAAACCGAAAAGUACGAUCUGGAGGAGCGACAAAAGCGUCAGGACUACGAUCUUAAAGAGCUGAAGGAACGUCAAAAGCAACAACUGAGGCACAAAGCCUUGAAGAAGGGUCUCGAUCCCGAGGCUUUAACUGGAAAAUAUCCCCCAAAGAUCCAAGUUGCCUCCAAGUAUGAACGUCGCGUAGAUACUAGGUCCUAUGAUGAUAAGAAGAAACUUUUCGAAGGUGGUCUGACCGAUCAACAGAAGGAGACCUUAGAGAAACAAUGGGCUGAACAGAAGGAACAGUUCUUGGGUCGCCAGAAGACGAAGUUACCUAAGUGGUUCGGCGAGCGACCGGGCAAGAAGCCUGGCGAUCCCGAGUCACCCGAGGGUGAGGAAGACGUGAAGGCUGCCGUUGACGACGACCUCGAUGAGCCGCAAUUCGAAGAGGAGGAGGAAGAAGAGGCGGGCGAGAAGGAGGAAGUCGAAGAGGAGGAAGAGGAAGAGGAGGAAGAGGAGGAAGAGGAAGAAGAAGAGGAAGAGGAGGAGGAGGAGGAGGAAGAAGAAGAAUAAAACUUCUAACUUGCUUCGGCAUCUUUCACAAAUAUUAAAAAGCGUAUUUCAAAAAAAAAAAAUUGAUCAUCGCACAGUUUCGUUAACGUAUCUCGAACCGUCGAACGUAGUCAGUGGCGAGAGUAGAAAUGCCUGUACGUCUGCGACGUCUUUUAUCCACUUCCGGAAGUGCUGCAGAUCUUCGUCGCCAUCCUAAGCGUCAUCGUUAAGCUUUUUCUCAAAAUUCCAACGCUGAGUUUGGGACGAGACGGAUGCUACUUCUGUAGUAGACCAUACUAUUACCGUAUGUGGACUGUCACUUCUAUUCAUUGCGCGGCUACUACUAUUACUACUACUACUAUAUCUAUUAUUAUACUACUACUACUCCUAUUGUAAUUGUUACUAUUGCUACUACUACUACUACUUCUGUUACUAUUAUUAUUAUUAUUAUUGUACAAACGCAGGCACACGAGUCAUUAAAAUAAAACGGUUUAUCAUAUAAA